AUGGCUCAACUUUACGCACGCAAACUUUUCGCCGGUUUAACGCGUAAUACGACAGCAUUACGUACGGUAGCGAUGUCUAUGAAACGCCCCUACGCAAAAGUUGCUUCACCUGAAGACUAUGGCGACUACACGGAUCCGUUGGAAGCACACGAGGAAUCAAUGAAAAGAAGACAGCUUGUCGCAACACUUGCUGGUGAUGAUCGUUAUGAGACAAAAAUUUAUUACAAGUUGGAAAAUUCAACACGUGAAAACCCGAAUCUGGUCCCUUCAGACUUCGAUUAUCGAGUUCUAGCUUGCUUCUGUGAGCCGGACUCAACCUUUCCAGUACUCUUUGUUUUACAUGAAGGGGAACCGCAGCGUUGCCGUUGUGGCCACUGGUUUAAACUUAUUGAUCAAGAAGGCGCAGAUCAUGUUUGA